CUCACGAGAAUGCGUAAUAUGUAGAUAGAUAUUCUUUACUUUAAAAGUACUUUAUUACCAAAUUUGAUUUAUGUAUUACAAUAUAAGUUUAUUCGUUUCGUUACAAAUACUUUUACCAUUUUAUAUAAGUUUAUUAUAAAUAUUAAAAAAGUCAUAAUUGAAAAUUUUGCAACAUAUAUAACUCAUUUCAAUCAUAUAUUUAAUAUGUCUGAGCUGUCACUUUCUAUCAGUUCUUGAAUAACCUCUAUUAUACUCCUACGUAGGAGCAUGAAAGAUUAUAUCAGUUUUCUUCAUUUGUGACAAGAACGAUCAAGUAGAGAUGUUUUCGAGUGGGCCGAAUUAUACGAAAUUAAAAACGCAUCUGCGGCUAGCAAUUAAUCGAUUAAAGUUGCUUGAGAAAAAGAAAACCGAACUUGCUCAGAAAGCACGGAAAGAAAUAGCUGACUACAUCGCUGCAGGUAAAGUUGAAAGAGCAAAAAUACGGGUUGAACACAUUAUUAGAGAAGAUUACAUGGUUGAAGCAAUGGAACUCCUCGAAAUGUAUUGUGAUCUUUUGCUUGCACGUUUCGGACUUAUUCAACAAAUGAAGAAUUUAGAUGAAGGUUUAGCAGAAGCUAUUUCUACCAUAAUUUGGGCUGCUCCUAGAAUACAAACUGAUGUUCAGGAAAUGAAAAUAAUAGCUGAUAUCUUAAUGUCAAAAUAUGGGAAACAAUAUACAGAAGCAUGUAGGGAAGAAGCAGUACAAACUAUAUCUGAGAAGUUGAAACAUAAAAUGAGCGUGCAAUCACCAUCUAAGCUUCUUGUAGAGAAGUAUCUUAUAGAGAUUGCAAAAAAUUAUGAUGUUGAAUACGAACCAGAUCCACAGAUAAUGCAAGAGGGUCAAGAUGCUUUAUUGAUAGAUGUUGGAAAUAACACAGAAAGAAAUAAUUUAGACACAGCUUCUGGAGGCUUACCACUGCCAGUUGGAUUUAUUGGGUUUCCUCAAGCUCCUCUAUUACCAAAUCCUGCAUCCAAUCUAAUUAAUUCUGAGAAAGGGCCUAUAGGAUUUGUAACUCCACCAGGAUCAUUAGAAAGUAAAGAUCAAAAUGUUCCUUAUAAUCCAAAUAAUGUUUUGUACAACAUUCCCUUAGAUAACUCAAAUGGAGACAAACUUGAAAAUGAUCUGCCUCCAGCAUAUGCAUCAUUUCCACCUGAUUUAAAUAAACAGUCCGACCAGAAACCAAAACCUCAACCGCGAUCGAAAAUGCCGAUGAAUGAUUUUCAGCUUCCAGAUUUGCCUGCCGUGCCGUCGGAGAAUGAUUUACCCUCAAAUAAUCCAUCUACUAGCGAAGACAUUGAUUUUGACGACUUAAUGAAGCGCUUUGAAGAUUUAAAAAAAAGAAAGUAAUUUCUUAUUUAAGAUAUAUUACAAAUAUGUAUGUUGUAUUAAGACAAAAAUAUAGUGGAGUAGGUAUAACUAAAAAUAA